CCGGGUAGGGCGAGAGUGUGUUUGCGGUGCGGUGUGGUGUGUUUAGUGGAUGAGUUCUACAGGAAGCCUCUUUUCCUGAUAGAAGUCGGAAAUAAAACAUGCAGCUGCGCCGAAUCAGAACCGCCGGUACUGCUGACACCGGGCUGGAGAUGCAGAUAUAACAGAGGGGAGCAGUCAGUCACCUGCUUGCGAGGAUAUACACACACACACACACACACACAGAGAGAAGCAGAAAUCUGCCCGACCGAUGCGGACUGCAGUGGCGUUCACCGGCUUUACGCAUUCCCGCAUUCCACACGCGCGCUCAUGACAAGGACGCAAGCUUCAUAAACACCUUCCAACUCCAUCCACCGGAUAUGGAUGGAUUCAGUCUAAGUAGAAUAUGGAUUUGAUUUAAAACGACACGCUCCGAAUUGUAUUAAAAUGAAGGGGAAGAAAGAAUCUGAUGCUCCAUAUGUCUAACAUGCCUUGAAGUAACUGUAAAUGUAGUCUGCCUCACUGCAAGAUGGCACCUGAAAUGACCAAGAUUGAUCUGUUGAGACUUUGACCAAACUGUCCCAAGAGCUCUGUAACCUGAGCCAUGCAGAAGUGCUUCACAUCCACUCCUCCAUCCAAAGCCCUCCAUCCCCAGCCUACACAUCACCAUCAACGAUCCACACCUACCCACAAUCUUCCUCCAGAGCAGCUGAACCAGUCUAUGAACACUGCUCUGAGUCAUAACAUGGCUAGUAAUCAUGUGAAACAGCACCGCUCAUCUUAUUCCUCAGCUUCGGUGCCGGUUUCUGGCCCAGGAACUCCUUCUCGUGGCUCCCAGCAAACUCAUGGUUCCACUCGGCCAUUAGAGCUUGGUCAAACAUCUGUAGUUACCUUUAGCUACAUUGAGAAGGCGAAUGUCAUGCAAUUGGAGAGUCCACACAACUUCUUGAGGAUGCAAAGUGAGGCCACUCAGCCACACAAGAAUGAUCCGGCCUUGUCUGUCCCCUCAGGCUCCUGCAGCAAUAAUAGUCCUUUUCACCAGCAGGCGGGCUCACCCGCGCUCAACCGAGUCACUGUGGACUGUGAAGGCACAGUGGGUCGUGCAGCCACCCAAAGGGCUCUAGUGGACUUUGGGUCACCUCAACAAAGGUCUAAAUUUACCCAUGGGUCAGACUGGAGUCCAGGGCAGAAACACAACCAGCAAGUGCAAUGUCAGUCAUGGGUAGGAUCUCCUGGUCAUGACGUGUAUUCACACAACUACGAUGCAGACAGGCCAAGUGCUCCAUAUGGCCCAUCAAGUAUCCCAGCCUCGCACGGUUUGCCAUCCCACACAGGACACACUAACCUCCCCUUAGAGCAAAACUCCAGUCCCAGGGUCCAGCAAGACCCAAACCUACACCAGCUAAUGCAUGAAGGCACAUCCAGUGGAGUGGAUGGCAGUCCUCUCUCAGGUCAGAAGGGCAAUUUGUUGAUCACUAAUGCACAUUCUGAAGGUCUAAACCAGCUCAGCGGCAGCAAUACUUCUUCAGCACUGAACAGUCCAGAAGUAGCACGUAGGCUUGCAGAGGAAGCCACUAAAAUCUCUGUUAUUUUUGAUGAUCUCCGAAAGUCCCCUGCUCCCAAUGCUUUUGGAGUCCAGAGUGAGCUAAGCAGCCCCAAACAAUCUCAAAACUGCCCUUCCCAACAUCGGAGCCCACCUAUGAAAAUGAACAUCCCCUUACACGGAAUGCAUUCUGAUCUCCCUGUAACAAACGGGGCUAUUCCUUGCUCACAGGCAACAGAGUUUUUAGCCAAUCAUAGCCCUGAAAGAGGUGAGCAAACCCAUUACUUCUGCAGCCCAAUCCCUUUAGGACAGGCAUCGGACUCCCCAGCUCUCCCUUCUCACGCAAUACGUCCAUGGUUGUCGAAAGGGGAUAAGGACUCACCCUUACGAGACCCUCGUGUCCUUUGGGGUGACUUGUCAAGCACAGACAGUCCCACAUUGCACAGGAGGAGACUUCCACAGUAUACCGGUGAAGUCUGGUACCAUCAUGAUUCCUGGGAUUUGAACACACACGCGUACAGUGAGCCCAGGGAUGAACCUGCAUCUGAUAGCGUGGAGAUCUCCAGGAGGCUUCUUAUUGGGCAGCAUAUUGAGGAAGCACCAAUCAGCUGGACCUUCAUGCAGAGGUGGCAGGAGCACAAUCUGAGUGAAAUGGAGAUGCUUAACCCAGUUCAGAGAUCGGGAGAGAAUGAGAUGGGAGCAGUCGAGGACCAAGGUUUAACAGUGAGCACAGAUCUGCCGACAGGACAGGAGACUGUCGUGUUGACGCAGGAACAGAAGCAAGCGGAAUGGAGACGCAGACAGGCUUUGCUACUUGGCCCUGUUGUGCUGGAUGAAGAGAAGGCAGAGGUGGAGCAGAACGGUGUGCCAACUUCUUCUCCAAGCUCUAGUGGAGUCACAGGGAGUUUGGGAGAUCGUGAGUGUCUUUCACCUGAAUCAAGCAGUAACAGUAACCAGACGGAACAUGCCAGCUCGGUUAUACAGUCUGAUAGUGGCUCAGCUGUACUGGGACCAUCUUUGCACUCCCAGAAGAUUGCUCGAGCCAAGUGGGAAUUCUUGUUCGGCACCACGACAGAUAACAUCUCCAAUGACCAAGAGAAGAACCUGUGUACCGUGCCUCCGAGCUGCCUCUCCACUCCAACUCCACCCAAUUACCUACCACUGGAGGAAGUUGCUCUCCGAGCCAAUCAUGACGUUCAGCGUGUCGAGGUGGAGCUUGUAACUCCUCCCCCUGCUGCUCCAGGUACAUCCCCCAAAACGGGCAUAAUUCGUCGUACUCUGAAGUACUCGGAGACGGAUCUGGAUGCAGUUCCGUUACGUUGUUACUGGGAGACUGACAUUGAUGAGGUGCUGCUGGCUGACAAGGACGACUCUGACUCAGCUUUCGGGAGCAACCGGAGUGUGAUGGGCACCUCCGGUACAGGGAGCAGCCCCCUGGGAGAAACGGCAUACAAGAGAACAGAUGGAGAAGAGGAGGAGGUGAAGGAGGAGGAAGAAGAGGAAGAUGUGGCCAGCUGGGCAAGUGUUCGCACACAGUGUGAUAUGAGGAGGCAGCAGGCCAGUCAAGACCAGGAUGAGGAGCAGAUACUUGGCAUGCUUUUCAAGAGACCCUGUUUUAAUAACGGUCACCCAGCCAUGAAAUCACCUGUUCUGGUACGAGGCCCAUCCCAAACUACGGGUAACAACAUGGACACGUUUAGUCACCAUUUUGAGAGCAUCCUGGAGUCCCAGCGAGCUAAAGGCACCUCUUAUAACAGCCUGGACAGCCUGGAGCACCUGACCUCCAGCUCUCAGACCAUGCUGACGUUUGACCUUCCAACACUGACCCCACAGGUGAAGGCUCCGAUGUAUCACAGCGUACGGCAGAUCGUGGAGCUCAGCUUUGCCCCCCUUGCGCAUGCCGAGAUGCCCAGUGUGUCCGAGUCGGCUCUGACCAUUACGGGAGACACGGAUGCCACGAGGGCACCAUCCAGCGAACGGCUCAGCAGCGGCUCGGAUGACAGAUCAGCUGGACACAGCUGGACCAGUGACGGUGUGCUCAUACUGCCCAGAGAGAAAUCUGCACGGCUGGCUACAGAUGCGGUCUUGGAUCAGGAGCUGAAUGAGCGUUUGGGACUGGGAAGCAGCGACACGCUAACCAGCAGUCACCGUGCUGACCUGGAGGCUGCCAAGCGAUUGGCUAAACGGCUCUACAACCUCAACGGGUUCAGGAAGUGUGACGUCGCUCGCCACUUAAGCAAGAAUAAUGACUUCAGCAGGAUGGUUGCACAGGAGUACCUGAGUUACUUUAACUUUACAGGACAGACUUUGGAUCAGGCCCUGAGGACCUUCCUACAGGAGUUUGUGCUAAAAGGAGAAACACAGGAGCGAGAGCGAGUCCUGGCUCACUUCUCGCACCGAUACCUGCAGUGCAACCCUAUCCUCACACUCUCUGAAGACAGCGUCCACACACUGACCUGCUCCCUGAUGCUGCUCAACACAGACCUGUAUGGCCAGAAUAUUGGCAAGCGGAUGUCCUGCACUCAGUUCGUUGGAAAUCUGGAGGGACUGAACAAUGGGGAAGAUUUCCCUAAAGAACUCCUCAAGGCUCUCUACAGCUCCAUUAAGAAUGAGAAGCUUCAGUGGACAAUUGAUGAAGAGGAGUUGCGCAAGUCGUUCUCGGAGUUGGGAGAGCACCGUGAAGACACAAACUCAAGAGCUAUAAAGUGCACAGGGAGUGGGAUAGUGCCAGCGUCUGGUGCACUUCUCUACAAGACGGGUUUUCUGGUGCGCAAAGUCCACGCUGACUGUGACGGCAAAAGAACCCCACGAGGGAAGAGAGGUUGGAAGACCUUCUACGCCGUCCUGAAGGGUCUUAUUCUUUACCUCCAGAAGGGCGAGUAUCGACCUGAUAAGCAGCUUUCUGAAGAAGAUCUGAAGAAUGCCGUGUCUAUCCACCACUCACUGGCUAUUAGAGCUGCUGAUUAUCACAAGCGGCCCAACGUGUUCUACCUGCGCACGGCUGACUGGAGGGUCUACCUCUUCCAAGCUCCGAACGCAGAACAAAUGCAGUCUUGGAUUACCCGCAUCAAUACAGUCGCAGCCAUGUUUUCUGCCCCACCCCUCCCAGCUGCCAUUGGCUCCCAGAAGAAAUUCAGCCGCCCACUGCUACCAGGCUCUGCUUCCAAACUCUCACAGGAGGAGCAGGUAGAGGCUCAUGAGGCUCGCUUUCAUGCCACCUCCACGGAGUUGGCAGAGCUCCGCUCAUACCCACCUGACCGGAAGGUUAAAGGUCGUGAGCUUGAAGAAUACAGACUUAGGGAAGAGUAUUUGGAGUUUGAGAAAACCCGAUACGAGACGUACAGCAUGCUGCUCAGAGCGAAGCAACGCUGUGGGAGUGAUGAUCUUUCAGUUUUUGAGGCCAUGCUGCUAGCAGAGGGCUCUCUGCAGAGGGCUCAGUCCAGUCCCAGUCUCCAGGAGAGCAGUGGCACGUGCAGUGCCAGAGACAAGGCUCCUCCCAGCACAGGCAAUGGCACCGGAACCAGCCAAGGCCAGAGACACAGCUAUCGUCAGGCUGUCAGGAAGUGACUCAGGAACCUCACACAAAGCUCUUUGUACUAGAAAGGAAGUGAGGUCAUUCUCUUUUCCUGCUGUCUGUGCUUGGAGGUGUAGUAGCACAGAUCCUGACUGAGUCUGACUCUGAGAUCAUGACCUGAUCAAAGAUGUCACGGUGCAGGUGCUGUGGCGGUAAAGGAAUGUGUGAGACUCUCCAUGGUGUUUGUCAAGGGCUGAAUUGAAGGACCGAAGGAAUCUACUGUAUCUGCUCAUUCUUCUUUCACAUCUGGUUUCCAUGUGUUCUUUGGAUUUUGCACACACACAAAUCUCAGAUCGAAUCAAUCUUAGGACCAAAAGAGCUCUGUACCUUUAAAAAUGACUGUUAGCACUGACAGCAGUUGUGUAAGGGUCAUUCAAUCAAAGUGGUGUUGGCAAUCGGUCUUUUUACCAAACAUACUGAAAUACCAGUCACGGUUUUAGUUAGACAUAACAGAACUAGGGGCAUCUCAUUCCACAAGGUUACAUCUUAUUUGUGCCCACAAUUUUAGACACUUAUAACAACACAGCUGUUCCAUUUCUCUAUGGAGCUGGACUGAAUCCCAAACAGCUCCCUGUAUGAUUUUAGUGCAGUACCAGGACGUGUGAAAACCAUGUGCCCUGUGUAUAGCAGUAUAGUCAAUUUGGAAGCCAGUUUGAUUGGAUUCUGUCCAGCCCUUUAUUUAUUUAUUUUUUAUUAGAAAUCACAACCCAGAAUCAACCAUGGAGUAAAGAUAUGUGAAUGAGUGAUUGAGCACUAAAAAUAACUUCCUGUGGCACUACAACUUGAAAACCUUGUGGACUGAGUAGAAGAUUAUAUUGGUAGAGGGAUCAAACAAGUGGCUUUUCAUUUUGAAUGCAAAAAUUUGUAUGCCCCAGAAUGUAUCUUGCACUCAAAUAUUCUUACCUUUAUUAUACGUCUCUGCAGUUUAUUUACCUUGGAAUAUCUGAACUUGUUACUUGUCCUUGUUCUUUUUCUUGGUUUUCUUGCCUGAGUGUUUUUGUCCAAUGUGGCCAGCAUGGCUGAAUAGUGAUGGCUUCUUGUAAUCUCCUCCUCUCUUCUGCAGAAAAGCAGUGAAUCUAGUGGUGAUGAGAAAUUAUACCAUGUCGUUCGGCUGUCUUUUAGGCUUCUCAUGUUUCCUACCUUGCUUUCUGAAUGACUCCGUUACACCUCAUCGUUUUGUGCAUCUUCGAUAUCCAGGUUAAUUGUAGGUGUGAGGCCUUUAAAACAACUUGAAUCCAAUUGAGUAAUCAUUUUCAUGUCUUUGAAAGCCACCAAUGAUGACCAAAAAUCUUACCACCAAUACAUUACAUCCCAAGAAAGUGAGCGCCAUUAACAUAAAGCUGUACACAAAUUGUGGUUUUUUGUUUGUUUGUUUUUUUUAUUAUGGCAACCGACUUUUCCACAGGACGUAGGUCAGCAUAGAAAGCUUUUUAUGCUUAUUCUGAGUGAUGCAUCAAUCUGAUUAGCUAUCUGGCUAACCACAAACCUUUAACCAAAAAAGGAAAUGUAAAUCUUGGAUACAAGACGCAUGAAAUGACCAGGUGUAAACAGCGUCAGCGUGUCUGUGAUUUUUCACUUGGGCAGUGGUCACGAGUUGGUCCGUUAUUGUUACGUUUUGUAUGUGUAGAUGAAUGAGUGCUUGAAAAAAAAAAAACCAUCAAAUGUAUGCUGAAUGUUUGGUACAUGGAUGGAUAAUGGAUUAUCAGUUUAUGGCUCAUCAGCUGCAGCUUGUCCGGCAUAGGCCUAUAUUUGUAUGCUCAGUCAGAACGUUUCCAUGUUAAAUUAUUUGGCACGCUUUGACCUGUAUGAGAGUUAUUAAUACACAGGUGAAACUGUAAUGUCUGUAUAAUGUAUGUAUAUUAAUUACUGAGGCAUCAUCUAUUAGAAUACUAUUAACUCAGUGAGUCAUGGUGAUGAGAUUCCACAAUCACGUUUAGAGAUUCACUUGUUCUCAUCAUAUAUUUAUUAUUCUGUUUGGUAAAAUGGUUUCAGCAAGUAAAUGUGGCAUAAAAAAACCAAA